AUGGCCGCAGGUGUUGCAAAGCGAGACACAGGCGCCGCGCGAAGUGGCCACAACAGACCUGACCAGCAGCCGGUCGCGCCUGGUCGCUCAAACCGAAAACGGCACCUUUCUGCCAAAGAGGAAGAGAAAGAUACCGCAGAGUACCGACGAAAGAGUCGACGAAUAGAGGAGAGCUCGAAUCAACGCCCACGAAACGCCCCCAAAGAAGGCCCGAAGCCCCCUCGCAAAAGCCCCCGAUUACAGGAGAGACGACCUUCGAACUCACAACGAACAGCAAGGGGAGGGAAACAAGAGACGAAUUUACCUCAUCCACAGAGCGAAGAAGUGAAGCCACACCAAUACCGUAAAGAGGAGGGCGAAGGCCUAUCCACGGUAUCAACUCCACAGUUAGGAGUGCACAAGAGCACUAAGCGGCGACGUUGCGAGAAUAACGGAGACGAAUCGAAUCACCAGGCGAAACGUCCAAGACGCAGACCAGCACAAUACGCCGAGGCAAGAAGCAAACCUCCAGACAAAGAGGAGUCCAUUGAAAAUUGGUUGGAAGGGUCUUCCUGGUCUCGCAGGGCUUCAACAGAGCAUCAAACCCAUCUGCCCGAGACUGUGAUCAAGAUGCCCCGCAAAGCCGCCGGCACCAUCCUUCCAUCCCCAGACAAUAGCUGUGAAAGCACCACAUCGUCGAGAAGGUCAGAGAAAUCUACUGCCAGUGUGCAUGACACCGAAUAUCGACAAUCAUUGCGCUAUCGCAACAUUUACAUCGAACGAGAAAAUCCUCCUCCAGAGUUGAUGAGAAGGGCACAGCGAAUAAUAUCACGCUCACGAGUCUCACCUGAGAUCGAUGAUGCCACCAUUGAAGAGCUGAAGAGGACAUCUCGAAGACUUCAAGAUGAUGCCGAGGAUAAGAUCAUUAAGCAGUUGGUCCCAGAUAUAAUUCCAGCUAUGAAAAGGAUACCCGACCAGAGGUUGGAAAUGAAUGCCGAUCAACUGUGGUGCAAUGCUGUCCCCGUCCCACUCAACGCUAACGUACCUACCACGCCGCUUCCCUUGCCAAAACCAAAACCCGAUUUGGCUUUCGGAUAUUCCCAAGCUGCCUUCACUGAAAAACAGCUUAUGACCAUUGAUCUUCUCGUUGACGACCAGUUCGGCCGAAGUUACGCCACCCCGGACCAGAAGGUUCGAUUUCCAUUUCUCGAGAUUGAGUUCAAAUCUCAGGCCAAGAACGGAACCCACUAUAUUGCAACAAACCAGGCCGCUGGUGCCGGAGCUAUCGCCUUGAACGGCAAUAUGGAUCUGACACAGCGCAGCUUUGGUAUGGACAAAUUCGAUUAUGAAGAGCCACAAUAUUUCUCUGUCACUAUGGACCACCAACUAGCAUGUAUUAAUGUACAUUGGCUGGGAGCUCCAGCUGAAGGAGGACAACAUAGCUUCCACGUCGAAGGAUUAUCACAGCAUCUUCUGCGGGAUGAAAACGGCAUACGAGCGGUUUCUCGAGCGAUCAAGAACAUCCUUGACUGGGGUGCAGAUCCACGCCUACGAGCACUGUGUGCGGCACUAGAUGCGUACCGGGAGACUGUGGUCCGUAACAGGGAAGCGGCAAAUGCUCAGAGGAGGCAGGGCCAUGACAAUCCCCUCACGCCACAAAUUGUACAGCAGACAAAAGGAACGGUCCUGCCACUUGAUCCGGGAGUGGAAAGGGUUGCAUCAUGCCAGUAUGACAGACUGCAAAUUGAGCGGCAACCGCAGCGCGAACAAAUAACGCCUAGGUACGGUCGGGUGGAUAUUCCCGCCAGUGCACCCCCCGAGAUUUCACGGCACCCUACUAUUGCACCGACGACUCACCCCUAUGAGGAUGCUGUGAUAUCCCGACAGCCUAUCCCAGGUACACAUCUCGGGCAAUCUGCUGGUGAGACAGGGCACCUACUUGAAUAUGGCAAAAGUAGGAGGCAGAUCAAACCCACGCAGAAGGUGCUGGAUAACGCUUCCGCAAAUGGAGGUCGGCUCCGAAGACGAUGA